AUGAAGUCAGCUCAGGCAUGGCGUCUUGGCAUGAAAAACAUGCAAAUGCUGCCAGGGCCUCGCCAGCGUGGUCAAUUGAAGAAGCCAACGUGGAUUAUUGUGUUGGUUUCUUUAGUUAGCUUGUUCUUAGUUUGUGCUUAUGUCUAUCCUCCUCAGAAUUCUGCAGCGUGUUACUUGUUGUCGUCUCAUGGCUGUAAGACAUUACAAGAUUGGCUUCCGCCCGUGCCUGCUAGGGAGCUUAGUGAUGAUGAAUUUGCUUCUCGUGUUGUGAUUAGAGAUAUUCUGGCUAUGCAUCCUAAUAUUUCUGCAAACCCCAAAAUUGCAUUCCUGUUCCUGACACCAGGUGCACUACCAUUUGAGAGGCUGUGGGAUAAAUUUUUCCAGGGCCAUGAAGGUAGGUUCUCUGUCUACGUGCAUGCAUCCAAGGAUAAACCUGUACAUUUUAGCCGCUAUUUCAUCAAUCGGGAGAUUCGUAGCAGCAAGGUCGCAUGGGGAAAAAUUUCAAUGGUUGAUGCUGAAAGGCGGCUUUUAGCAAAUGCACUAAAAGAUCCAGACAACCAGCAUUUUGUACUACUUUCAGACAGCUGCAUACCGCUUCGAGAUUUUGAUUAUGUUUACAACUAUCUCAUGUACACAAAUGUUAGCUUUGUAGAUUGCUUUGAUGAUCCUGGUCCACAUGGAACUGGCAGAUACAGUGAAAAUAUGUUGCCUGAAGUAGAGAAGAAAGACUUUCGGAAGGGUGCUCAGUGGUUCACUAUGAAGCGACAACAUGCUCUUAUAAUCAUGGCUGACAGCCUCUACUACAGUAAAUUCAGAGAUUAUUGCAGGCCAGGCAUGGAGAAGGGACGCAACUGUUAUUCUGAUGAACAUUAUCUACCUACUUUUUUCCAUAUGCUUGAUCCGGGUGGAAUAGCCAAUUGGUCAGUAACCCAUGUUGAUUGGUCUGAGGGCAAGUGGCAUCCAAAGUCGUAUAGUGCACAAGAUGUAACGUUUGAGCUGAUGAGAAACAUUACAUCCAUCAUGGACAGUGUGCACGUGACCAGCGAGGAGAAGAAAGAAGUUCAGAUCAGACCAUGCUUGUGGAACGGAAACCCACGACCCUGUUAUUUGUUUGGGAGGAAAUUUAUGCCUGAAACCAUCGAGAAGCUAAUACGGCUCUUCCCCAAUUAUACAUCUAUUUGA